AUGUCUUAUCGUUAUGGUUUGAUGAUGAACAACGACGUUAUAAACGAGCUUUUGAACGCUUUUUCAAACAUUGUUAAUCGUGAUGGCAGUCUAGUCAAUAGUUACUACCAUAAUCCAUCGCGUAAGAAUUCUGGUCGCACAGUCUUGCAAGGGAUCGAACGUGAUGUUGAACCAACACAUGAACGACUUAGAUUCGAAGGCAAUACCACGAACAAAGAUCGAAUGAAGGCAGAUAUAAUUGGAGUCCGGCUUUCGGACAGCCGGCAGUUUGUGUUUUUGGAAAUGAGCGGUGCUCCAACAGACUUUUUAAAGGCGCAUCCAGUUGGAGAUACAUGUAAGACUAUACAAGAGCGAAUUGAUUCCUUAAAUUCAAUGCUUCUAAACUAUUUGGACUAUGAUAUAAGAUUCGCGGAGAAAAUUCAUUCGCUGACGAUUCAAGGAAUAAGAGAUCGACCAACUCUUAGAACGUUAUCUUUAAGAGGAAAAGAGGACUAUAAGGAUGAAGAAGAAAUCUCCGUAGUUUUUCCAAUUUGUUGGAACUUUCGGUUCCAAUUCAUUGAAAUAUUUGAAUUGAUGAAGUUUGUAAUCAUAUCCGUCUUAGAGUAUCCCGAUAUCAUAAAAGAAUUAAUUAAGCAUCCAGCAGCUUCAUCUGAAUUUUCAAUCCGAAACUGUAUCUCAUAUCACUAG